CAAUCUCUCCAUUUAUAAAUGUGCAUGAAAUUCAUGUGCCUGCAUCUUCACACAUCCUCUUCACGGGUCUCUUUCUCCACAUAAUUUUAGUUGACAACAGUAUCUUCCCUACACCAGAAUUCAAGAAGGUAGCUCUUCAUUAAUUGAGGAGCCUCUGCAAGUCUUUGUCUCCUAUCUACUCUUCUCUUGUAAUUCAUAAACCUCAUCAUUCUUUUCAGCAACCCAACUCAUGGCCUGAGUGCUAAUAUUUCCGCCACUCCGGUGAGCGAAGGAGGCAAGAAAAUUGAUCUUGAGGAUGGGUAGUUCUUUAGGAAAAGAGAAGAGUUCACAUAAGCAGGAAAGGGUGAGAGCUUUAGCCGAGAAAACGAGGCUUAUCCAGGGGGAACUCCAGGAGAUGGUGUAUGAGAGGAAGAAGCAAAGUAUGGCGUAUGAGCGAGAGACGAUGGUGUUCGCAUUGAAGGAAGCCCAGUGGAAGCGAGAGAGGAGGAGGUUAAGGGAGGAGGUGAAGAGGCUGAAGAAGAGGUUGGAGGAGAAAGAAGAGAGGAUUAGAGGAAUGGAAGAUGGGUUGGUAGGGGACAAAGGGGAGAAAGGCUUUCAGCUUCUGGGAACUAGACUCUUGGUGGAGCACAUUUGGGAGGAGAGAGCCCGGCGAGAUGAGGCUGUGGAGAAGUGGAAGCGGCUCUAUCUUGCAAUUAAGGCUGAGCUUGAUGACCUUAUUCAGAGGACAGAUCAAGGAUCUAAAUCCUCAGCUGCAGAGACGUAGAAGAAAUUGGUAUAUGCAAGAAGUCACUGGCAUACUAAUGCAUAAACCUGGUGGGUAUUUACACGAAAGGAUCUUAUUUUAACAUUUCAACCCACACUAGGAAGACUGAAUUAUACAGAUAAAAUAAGAGUCUGCUUCUGAAUUUUCUAUCAUUUUCCUCAACUCAGAGAAAAAGAUUAAAAGUACUGCAAAGGUAGCUCCAAAACCUAGUUUGAGAUUUUAGAAGGCAUGUUUUAGGAAUAAAGAGAGGCGAAUGUUACCAUCUUGUGCCACACAACCUCUAGUUGUGUUCAGCACAGGUAGCAUUGAAUCCUCCAUCGUUUGAAGCAGGGCCUGAAACUUAUCAUUUAAUCUCAAGGCUUAUUUCUUGACCCAUGAGUCCAACAAACCAGGAGACGAACAAGGGGUCGCAUGACUUUAUCUUGGUUUGGAAUUAUGCCCGACUUUGACAUCACUAGGAAUGCCAGUAGUUUCAGUUAGGCUCUUUCUGCAUUUUAGUGCUCAAGGGCCAUCCAAGAGCCACCUUUUAGGCCACAGAUCAAAUCCCUUGAAUACCUACAAUUCGAGGGAUUGACUCUCCUUCAACUAUAAGAAGAACAAGAAGAGCUUUCUUUAGGGUUUUCCUAAGGCCUCACCAAUGUCAGAAUUCAUUGGUGACUAAAUGAAUUGAGGGAAUGCCUCCCCUGGAAAGACCUAUAACCUCAUCAUCAGAGAUGACAGGAUCGUUACACAGGGAAUGACACUCAAAUUCUGGAUUUGAUGCUCUCUUCUUGAUCAACUCAGAGAAACACUCCAUGAUACCAGCAAGAAAAUAAGGUGAUAAGGGGUCGCCUUCUCUUAGAAUUUGAUCAACACUAAAAAACCCUUUAAACUGCCAUUAGUGGCUGCUGGAAACAUAAAGUAGACACACAUGUCCUAAUCCAAAGGAUUGCCAUGCAAGCAAAAACAAGAGCAGUAAGAGCAUUUCUAAUCAAGUUCCAAAACUCUCAAUUAUCUCAUAUAUUUUCUGCAAAUCCAAUUUGUUUGAGCAUAUAUGAUGUUUCAAGUUGCUGUUAGGUAAGAAUUCAACCGGUAGGUCUAAGUCUUGGGCAUACACUAACAGGUGGUAUUAUGUUAGAAAUUUGGCCCACAUUCUGUGGUUGAGAUGGGGAAAUGGGAGGUUCCAAGUUCAAGGCACAGCAGAAAGAAAAAUAUGACGUUCCAACAGGAGCAACAAAAAAUUUUACCCCUCAAAAUAAUACAUGUACAUAUACGUAUACAUGGAGAGAGUUCCAAGUUCAAGUUUCAACUGAGACAAAACAUAGUUGUCCCUCAAGCUAUAUAAAUGAAGAGAGAGAGAGAGAGAGAGAGAGAGAGAGAAAACUGAGCACAGUGGCAACUAACCAGCCAUUCUUAAAGAAUUUGACAGUAACACAUCUCACAAUACCUUUUUCCCUUUGAUAUUGGGGAUAUAUAUAUUUUUUGAUAGGCAAAUUUUUGUCCCCAUGCUGAAACCUCCUACAAACCCUCCCUAUCCCUUUACCACUCGAGUCAGGCUUGGGCUUUGAUAUUUGGGGAUAUAUUCAUGUAUAUAUAUAUAUAUAUAUAUCCAUAUAUCAAAUCCUUAUCCAUCAAGUUAUAGUUAUAAAAGUUUUGACUAACUGACGAUGUCCAUUCAUAGAGGUUCAUCAGUGGCAACUUUGCUUCCGGGUUGGAAAGUUUCUCACUGUCCACUCUCCUUUCCCCACAUUGUUAAAGGCUUCAUUCUAUCGGUAUGCUAAGAAGACUACACCUAUAGUUGAUAUAGUCUCUUUUAAGUGCUUCUAGAGAGAGAGGAAAAGCUAGCAUAGUGACAAAUAAUCAAUCAUCCUUAAAAGAAUUUGAUAAUUUGAUCUCCAAUACCCUCCCCAAUCUAGAAAAUCUACAUAGUGAUAACUAACCCAUUUAGAGUUAUAUAUAAAUAACAUUUGCUACUUUGUGUUAGCUUAUGCAUUGUUAACCCAUCAUUCUUUUACAAUUUAGCCUUUGAAGUAACAGGUAGUUCAACAUGGUAUUAGAGAAGAGACCCUUUAUUUAUUCUCCCAUUUCUUUCUUUGUGAUUGGUUGUCCUCCUCAUGGGGCUGAAGGCAAGGACAGUAUAAUCCUUAUGCACAACGUUAGGCCAUUUCUUAACAAAGGUUCUGGAGUAACUAAUAGUUUAGCAUU